UUAACUUUCUUUUACUACUACUGCAGCCCAUGUUUCAAUCACCCCGCUGCUCUUAAUAUCGACUGCCUUCCCAUUUUCAGUCACUCCCUGAUAUCGUGGAAGAAAGGAAAGGGUCUGGCAGAGCCUUCUAAGGGCGAUUAGUAUCCGGCCAUGUAUCUUGACCGCCCCUUCGUUCUCCAUGCACUGCUUGUGCUUUCACUUUUCUGUGGAAUUGCUCUAUCCGGAGGAGAAAACAUACAUCGCCGUCAGGAUGGAAAUGUUGCGCUGACGACUUCAAACAAUAGACCCUCAGCAGAUGCCGAGGUUGUGGAUCAGACAUCUAUCUCUCGCGCAGCCACAAACACGGCCUCAAAUGCUCCAUCGUCCACGAGAAAUGCUCAGAGCUCAGAUCCUAGCCCAACAUCCGGGGGAAAGAAUGCUGGUGAGACGAUCAAGAGCUCCCCCGCGCCUACUAUGGCCGAGAGUGGGGACAACUUAAGCUUAAACACAAACCCAGCAGAUGAAAUCUACCAGGGAGUUGCGGGCGUGUUGCUUUUACUUGCUGGCAUACCGUACUGCUUAAUUGGAAUUAAAAUCAAAUUCCUGCAUAUUUUCCUAUCUACAGCUUUGUUAGCUAGUUUGGGUGUUACGGUCCUUGUUGUUUACGUCAUGAAUCCGCCGGUUAAAUUCGCAAUCCAGGGGGCCUAUGUUACAGCUGCAACGAUCACUGGUCUUCUGACAGGUAGUUUGGCUGUUGUGUUUCCCGAAGUUACAGAAGCCCUGGGCUGUUUGUUGGGCGGCUUUUGUGUUUCCAUGUGGUUCCUUGUAUUGAAACCCGGAGGGCUGGUGGCAUCCGUUUACGGCAAGCUUAUCCUAAUUGCUGUCUUUUGUUUCGCACUCUUUGCUUUAGCAUUCCACCGGCUUACUAAGCCAUAUUCUUUGAUAUUUUCGCUCUCUUUUUCUGGGGCAACGACAAUUGUUCUAGGAAUCGAUUGUUUCUCCAGGGCUGGCCUCAAAGAAUUUUGGCUUUAUAUUUGGGCCCUUAAUGAUAAUAUUUUCCCUUUGGAGACCGAUAAUUAUCCACAUACCCGCGGUAUUAGGGUUGAAAUCGCUAUCAUCGUUCUCAUCACAGGUUUUGGCAUUAUGUCGCAGGUCAAGCUUUGGAACAUUCUCAAGGAACGACGGGAUGCUAAGGACGCUGAGAGGCGAAGGCAAGAUGCAGAUAUCGAGGCUAUGGAUGCGGAUGCUGGGUUAAGGGUCGAAGAAGAGCACAAACUGGAACGGGAACAAUGGGAAGCAACCUUUGGACGCAAAAAGGCAGAUGAAGUCAUUGCUGAGGAGAGACCGGCUACUGGAAGGAUAAGCCGAACGGACUCGGGACUUGGGGAUGAUGUGGGCUAUGGAAAGAGUAGCAUUGAGCGGGCCGAGGAAUUUGUCGAGACCGAAGAGAUGAGAAGAGAACGUGAGGAACAUAUUCAGAUGGCCCAAAUGGGAGUGAGUAGGUCUCAGUCGAUAAGCGAAUCUGGAGGUGGCACGGUGAAAAGUCAAGGACCUGCAAAACACAACCAAGCACUCGAGGAUGUCGACAAAAUUGAACCUGUUGAAGGCUCAGAAGCUCCGAAACACGAGGGGGCCAUUACCCAUGGAAGCGUUUCAAGACGCCAGUCAUCGCAGUCCAUCGCCCCAAGUUAUUCGAAUCAGUCUACCCCCCAGCGGCUCUCUUCUCAACCCGUGGUGUCGCAAGAGGCCCCUGUGCAAGGACCUGAUGUCCCACCACCACCUGUGGUGAUCCCCCUCCCAUUCCCGAUCCCGGUUGAGAUGGGAAAUGACGACGACGAAGUAUCUUCUCUCGCUACGUUUGCUGGAUCCGAUCGAGUUAUCAGCCAAGAGAUAGAUGAGGAUGCUUUCCGAUCAGUAGUCAAGAUGGUUGACGAAGAGGACAGGGCUUCUAGUGUAGCAGCAACCCUCGACGACAAUGAGGAUGAGGUGGUUGACCCUGCGGGGGAUGAUUUCUCACCGAUCAUGGAGCCUCCGCAAGAGGAUUCCCCCCCGCACAUACCACUGGUCAAAAUUGAAGUGGAGGAGGUGCUUGAUGAGUCCCGCAAUAGAGAUCCUGAUCCGGGCCUGGUUGGAGAAGAGGCGCAGGUAAUGGUCGAGGAUAAAUCCGAGAGAGCAGAAUCGCCGGGGUCCGGAAAGAGCGAUGCGCCAUUACAGAAUAAUGCUGAGAAAGAGCCCGUCACCGAAGAUCACUCGAAGAGAACUGAUUCUCCCGAUGAGACAACCCUUAUCGCACCAACUUCCGUCUCCACACCUCCGAGCACCUUGCCACCACCGGUAGUUUCCACAACCCCAGUGAAUCUUGCCCAGAUACGCGGAGUUUUAACACCAGCAUCAACUCCCAAGUCCAAGUCGAGUUCGCCCUCACCAUCUAGCGCAGAAACACAGCUUUCAGCAAAGUGCUCAAAAGUGCUCAAGAAUUACCGAACGAACGAAUGGGCCAAGCAUCUCGCGGAUGCUGAGCUGCCCGAAUUGGACAAAUUGGAAGAAGCCCCCGAGGCCAUUGAUGCUCCCGACGAGACUCCUGCGCCGGUUCAUAUUGAGGAACUCCAGGAGACCGCAGCUAUUAAACCGCCUGCACCCCCCAGGCCAGUCUCUAAAACAUCUAGCCACGAGAACCCAUACCCAAUGCCAGUUCCAGUCAACCGGUCACCUGCACAGCUAGGGAAAUCGCGCCCCUCUAUUCGUAAUAGUUCUUCACCGAAUCCUUUACCAGAGAGCGUCUCGCCUGUUGAACGCUCUAUGUCGCCUACCGGCAGGGCAACACCGAUCCCGUUUACACAAAAUACUUUGAUCGGAAAACGCGAGAGCAUGGUUCGAAGCAGACAGAGCUUCAAUGCCCUAGCCGAACACGGGUCAACAUCUCCCGCCCCGGCCCCACAGCCACCCCCAGAGCCCAAGCACCACCAACCUAUGGCGAUCCCUGCCCCAAAUGCGCCUUUCGUCCCCCAACGUCAAUCUACAGGCCCAUUUGCUCAACUUCCUACAAGUGACAACAAGUCCGCAUAUAAGUACCGACUUAACAUGCUUGACGAUGAUAUGCCUUUGGCUGAUCGCCGCAACGAGCUCCUUCAACAUGUUGUUCCUCAGGCCGGUGUUGCGCCGGUGCCUCCUCAGCCGCAACGCCGCAGCCUUCCGCCUCAGGUAGAUAGACGUGAAGCUAUGCUCAAGAAUUGGCGUGAGACGGUAAAGACAGAGCUCCAGACGUCUGGUCAUGCAACUCAUGCUAUUCAAGAGAGAAGGGGUGAAAUGUUGAAUGAGAGGAUGCAAUCAAUUCAGAACGAACGCCAUAAGAAUCUGAAGGAAAACUUCAGGGAUGAGAUGUUCGACGAGAGGAUGCGGCAGAAGGAUAUGCUAGACCUUCACAAGGAGGCAAUGAGGAGGAUGCAAGCGAGUGCGAACAAGCACAUCUAGGACAAUGUCCCACUCGGAGGUCGCGGGAAAACAGACUCCACUUCCCUUUCCAUCCGGCGUUUUGGCAGAUUUAUGAAUUCAAGUACAUACUUUUACGCGAAUGUUGCAUGAUAGCUAACACCUAUAUACCGGUAGAUGGGAUUUUUUUUCCUUUUCUCUCAUCACUCCCAGAUUGGUAGGAGUUAGCGUCGGCGAUGGGUUGGUCAUUUUGGAGCUUCAUCAUUCAUUUUCUCUUCUUUUCUUCUUUUCUAGGAUGCCUAUUUCUAACUAAACUUUUUCCGUUCAAAAUCCUGUCGAUUCCUAACUUUCUUUUUUCUAGUUGAAAAAUCUUGCUCAGAUCGUAUCGAGGACCUUUAUCCUCUUAGUGGCUCCAUUUAUACCCCUUUGUCACUGCUGCGCCCAUUUCCCUCACUCACUCAGGUGCCACGAUAAUUCACUUCUUGAAGGGAGGGUGUGGGGUGAAGGGGCCGGAGUGAGCAAAAAGAUAAUAUUACUAUGAUAGCAAGUCUGUAAUUUUGCAUGUAUAGGUGCUGGUGCUGGCCGGGUAUGGCACGGGUUGGUACCGAGGCAUAUAGAUGAAUGAAUUUUGAGAGGGAGCGAUAUUA